CCAACAUUAACUUUGUAUUAUGAAACAAAUGUCAUUUUUUUACUUUAUAUACACACAACCCCUAGUUCACUUCCCAUACUGCUUCCUCCUUCUCUCCCUUUCACAUUUGUGAAAGAAAUAAAAAAAAGAAAAGAAAAAGCACAACUUUGAGCUUCAAAUCCCCCCUAAUUACCAUACAAGGCAAUCAAGAAAAUGGAGUUCCAAAGUGAUCAAUCGAGAGAGAUGUCGCCGCAGAGGAAAAACGGAAGGGGAAAGAUUGCGAUCAAGCGGAUCGAAAACACGACGAAUCGGCAGGUGACCUUCUGCAAACGCCGAAACGGGCUGCUCAAGAAAGCUUAUGAAUUAUCUGUUCUUUGCGAUGCUGAGGUUGCUUUGAUUGUCUUCUCUAGCAGAGGCCGCCUCUACGAGUAUUCAAACAACAGUGUGAAAGCAACCAUUGAGAGGUACAAGAAAGCUUCCUCAGAUUCCCCAAACAAUGGCUCUAUAUCUGAAGCUAACACUCAGUUCUACCAGCAAGAAGCAUCGAAACUGCGUGCUCAAAUCAAUAAUUUGCAGAACCAGAACAGGAACAUGCUAGGUGAGUCUUUAGGUGGUUUGAAUCUCAGGGAUCUCAAGAAUCUCGAGAGCAAGGUCGAACGAGGGAUUAGCCGAAUCCGUUCCAAGAAGAAUGAGCUGCUAUUUGCUGAAAUUGAGUACAUGCAAAAGAGACAGGAGAUCGAGUUACAUCACAACAAUCAGUACCUUAGAGCAAAGAUAGCUGAAACUGAGAGAGCCCAUCAGCAGAACAUGAAUUUGAUGCCUGGAAGUUCCAGCUUUAACCUCGUUCAACCUCAGCCUUUCGAUGCUCGAAACUAUCUCCAAAUCAACGGUCUGCAAUCGAACGAUCACGAUUACACUGUGCAGGACCAUCCACCACUUCAACUAGUCUGAUCUAACUGAUGCUGGAAGCUUGGUGGUUAGAGAAGAAAAUUUAACGGAUCGUCGUUCUUCGUUAAUUAUUAAUCGUGUUUAUUGUCUUUCUGGGAGUUAUAUAAGUCUUUGCUCCUAUAUAUGUUUGAUGCAUGUUAAAACAGAGUGGUUUUGUUGAUAUUCUUUGUCUGCUUUCAUCUAU